AUUGAAAGGUCAUUUAAAUUCCUUUUCGAACGAAAAUAUUCGCAUGGAAAUUGGUUGCUGGGUAAAAACUACGAAUACAACUCUGUACACAAAGUAAUUGACAACCAUACUAAAUAUUUCGAACAGGACUGUUUUAUAUUAUUAUAUUUUUUUUUAAUUGUAAAAUGAUUUAUGUAUAAAGUACUUAAAAAUAUUUCCUAAAGUGCAAAAGAAAUUCAGUUGAGUUAAUUCAUUAGAACGUUAUGAGCUUUAAAGAUUUGGACUUCAGUACUACUCGACGGCUUGUGUUUAUCGUGGUUGUUCUACUGACCAUAUUAUUAGCAAAAAGGAUAUUCAGUGAUUUUGAAAAAAAUUCUUAAGAAAAACUUUUGGGAAAAAGACGUGAAAAAAAUGGCAACAGCGACUAAUCGACGGGUUUCAUAUUUUUACAAUCCGGAUGUAGGUAAUUUUCAUUAUGGUCCCGGACAUCCAAUGAAGCCACAUCGCUUAUCUGUUACACAUAGCCUUGUUAUGAAUUAUGGUCUCCAUAAAAAGAUGAAAAUCUAUCGACCUUACAAAGCGAGCGCUCAGGACAUGCUUCGUUUCCAUAGUGAAGAAUAUAUAGACUUUCUUCAAAAAGUCACUCCGCAAAAUAUUCAGUGCAAUACCGUAGGAUACACAAAAUAUCUGUCUCACUUUAGCGUGGGUGAAGAUUGUCCAGUCUUUGAUGGUUUAUUUGAGUUUUGCGCGAUGUAUACGGGCGCUUCUCUGGAGGGUGCCCAAAAGUUGAAUCACAAUCACAGUGAUAUAUGUAUAAAUUGGUCCGGAGGCUUGCACCAUGCAAAAAAAUUUGAAGCAUCAGGUUUCUGUUAUGUUAACGAUAUUGUGAUAGGCAUACUUGAACUACUGAAAUACAAUCCACGAGUUUUGUAUAUUGAUAUCGACGUGCACCAUGGCGAUGGCGUACAAGAGGCAUUUUAUCUCACGGACCGCGUUAUGACUGUAUCCUUUCAUAAAUAUGGGAAUUAUUUCUUCCCUGGAACGGGUGAUAUGUACGAAAUUGGCGCAGAAUCUGGGCGAUAUUAUAGCGUAAAUGUACCACUAAAAGAAGGCAUUGACGACCACAGUUAUUUUCAAGUUUUUAAACCAAUCAUUUCGGCGGUGAUGGAUUUCUAUCGCCCAACAGCCAUCGUGUUACAAUGUGGUGCAGACUCGCUUGCGGGUGAUCGGCUGGGAUGUUUUUCCCUCAGUACCCGUGGACACGGAGAGUGUGUUAAGUUCGUUAAGGAGCUGAAUGUGCCAACAUUGGUAGUUGGCGGUGGGGGCUACACUUUACGCAAUGUAGCUCGGUGCUGGACUCACGAAACAUCAUUACUUGUCGACGAAAAUAUAUCCAAUGAUUUACCAAUGUCCGAGUAUUUGGAAUUUUUUGCGCCGGAUUUCACUCUUCAUCCUGAUGUAAACUCACGCCAAGAGAACGCUAACUCUAAACAAUAUUUGGAACUGAUAGUGAAACAUGUUUAUGAGAAUUUAAAAAUGUGUCAACAUUCGCCAAGCGUCCAAAUGGUGCAAAUUCCCCCAGACUCUAUUGAUAUGGAAGAAGUACGGGUUAAGGAAGAAUCUGACCCAGAUGUUCGAAUAUCACAGGCAGAAGACGACAAAAUGGUAGAGCCAAAAAAUGAAUUCUACAGUGGAGAUACGGAUCAAGAUAAAGGCGAUACGGCUGAAAGUUAAAAUAUAUUUUUCGGAUAUUAUGAUAGGAAAGCUAUUUUUAAUAUAUAAAAGUUUAUUUUUACUUAUAAUAAAAUUUUUAUUUAAAUA